AUGUCGUCUCGCAAGGUCAGAGUCAAGAAGCUGAGUGUCAAAACCGCUCUUCCUGUGCUUAGAGAGGAUCAAAUCGAUCCCUCCGAGUACGAAGCACUUACCACCGAAAACCAAAUCGCCACCGGUGUCGAGCAUGCUGAAGAAAAAGAAUUUCACCUUCAAAGCAUCCUCAAGGAAACUGGAGUGAGCACCACUCAAGAGAUUCCUGUGCCGCCUCCCAAGGAGAGUGACAUCAACUAUGAUGCAAUCUACCCCAGUAACUUUCAUCAGCCCUCGUCAUAUAUUCGGUUUUCGCAAACUGUAGAGGAAUGUAUAAGCUGCCAAUAUGACAUGAGCAGUGAGGAUGCCGAAUUUCUCGCCUCGUAUAAUGGCAGCAGCCCCGCGGGUGGUUCUCUCUCCGAAGACGACUUUGAACGCAUCAUGGAAGUGUUCGAGGACGCGGCGGCUGAGCAGACUCCAUAUGCAUCAGUGGACAAUACGGUUGUCGCCUAUGACAUGAUGGUUCCGUCUCUCAAUCACCUCGAGUCGACUCCAAUACUGCAGCAUGCCAAAGCAAUCUAUCAGUACUGGAAGAACCGCCGUCUGGAGACGGGAAACAAGCCUCUUCACCCCAUGCUCAAAUUCGAGACGCACCAAGAAACAGAUGAUACCGAUCCAUACGUCUGCUUCCGCAGAAGAGAAGCUCGACAGACCCGGAAGACGAGAGCUCGUGACAACAAGGUUGCAGAGACGCUCAAGCGUCUGCGGCGGGAGCUCGAAGAUGGUCGCCAGCUCGUUCUCUUGUCAUUUGAACGGGAGAUGACCAAGCGGGACCUGUUGCACAUGGACCGAGCCGUUUUCGAGGAACGGACAAAACUGAAGCAGAUGAAGCUGAGAUUGGGCAUCAAGGGCGACGAUGAAGAGCUUGUAAAUCAAAAGCCGCCCAAGCGAAAGGCUGCGGAGCCAGCAGGUGCGCAACGGCAACAAGCUACUCAGCUUCGCGCACCUGUCCGAACCGAUGGCCGGUCAAGCGAGCAAGACCUAGUGCUGCUGGCUGACCAACUGGCACAAAAGGAGAACGAGCUCCGAGAGGAAGUCGAGAACAAGGUGCAGAACCACCGGAGAUGGAACCAGAAUCAUAUCGAUCUCACCCGGGAUCCGCUGUCGCCGAUCAAGGAACAAGGCAUGGAGCUCAAGUUCAGAGCUGCAAAGACUCAAUACUUGAUGACGCCUCCGGCAUCCAUCUCUUCGGAGGAGAUGGAUAUUGAUGAAGUGCAAGCCGAGCCAAUGGACAUGGACAAGCCCGACUCAUCAUUGGCCAUGUUCCAGUUCAAGGCGGGUGGCGCCGACAGUGAACAAUCGCAUGGCAACCAGCCAUCCUUCCGAAGACGCAUCGGCCGCCUUCAAAGACUUUGGAUUGAUCGUAGAGGAAUGACGAGAGUACCGAGACAUGAGAGAAGCGACUAUUCUGACCGGUGGAAAUAUGAUUCCGACGAUGACGAUGACGAUCCGCCGGUGUAUGAAGUUGAUCCGUUCGACACUCGAGCACUCAAGUUUAGAGCCACCAUUCCGUUAAAUUCGUACAUGUUUCGCGGAGGGCGACCGCAGGUUCCUCCAGACGCAGCAGCCGCGGCCUCUGCUGCUGCUGCUGCGGCGGCGGCGGCGGCGGUGGCGGCAGGUGGAAGCAACAGGACUCCGCCGCAACCACCCUCGACAGCAGUUCAAGCGCAAGCGGCAUCAUAG